AUAUUUUCUUUGAGAAGUAGUCCACAUAGACCUUAUUAUAUUGUAUAUUUUUAUAUAUAUACAUAUAUUUUAUGUAAAGGUAGUGCCCUAGUAUAUGGCAUAAGUACCUAGAUAACACUUAUCUCCUCAAAUACUAUCAAUAUCAAUACAAUAAUAUCAUCUCAAGUUCAUAAUUGCUGCCUAAUGUUAUGUAAUUUUGACUAUUUUACUUAGCAUGAUAUAACAUGAAACUUGAAAUUUAAAGUUCUUUUGUUUUUAUAGUUCAUGAUUUAGUAUUCUACCAUUGUAAUUUUUACAGCCUAUUUGAUUUAAAAUACUAUCAAUGGUAUACUAAUGUUCAAAGCAUUAUCCUCUCUAUCACGUAUUGCUAUUAGAAACCCUUCAUCUUUAGUAGAACGGUAUUUAACUACAAUGCAUAGUAAUAUCAGAACUAAGGAGUUUGAUAAAUUUCAAGUAAAAGUACUGCCAGCUCUUUCUGACAACUUUAUGUAUUUAUUGGUUGAUAAUGAAACAAAAAAAGCAGCUAUUGUUGACCCUGUAGCACCUGAUGUUGUAUGGGAUACAGUUCAGAAGGAAAAUUUGAAACUAACCACUGUACUCACAACACAUCAUCAUUGGGAUCAUGCUGGUGGAAACAAAGAACUAAUUAAUAGUAAUAAAAAUGAUAAAUUUAUUGUCAUUGGAGGUGAUGACCGAAUUUAUGGUUUGACUGUUAUGAUUGAUAAACAUGGAGUUGAUCUUCAACUGGGAUCAUUGAAUAUUAAAUGUUUACGCACACCUUGUCAUACCACUGGUCAUGUUUGUUAUUAUGUUACUGCUGGAAAAGAAGGUGUUGUUUUUACAGGAGAUACAUUAUUUUUGGGGGGCUGUGGUAGAUUUUUUGAAGGCACUGCAACACAAAUGUAUGACGCAUUAAUCAAAAUAUUAUCGCAAUUGCCUGAUAAUACGGCUGUGUUUUGUGGACAUGAGUAUGCAAUUCAAAAUUUAAAGUUUGGUUUACAUAUUGAGCCAAACAAUCAAGAUAUAUUGUCUCAAUUAAAAAACAUUGAAAAUAAACGAGAAGUAAAAGAUCCUAGUGUCCCAUCAACUAUUGGAUUGGAGAAGCUCAUUAAUCCAUUCAUGAGAGUUGAAAAAGAACCGGUUCAAAUAGUCACUAAAAGUAUUGGUGAUCCAAUUAAAACUAUGCAGAUUUUAAGAGAAAUGAAAAACAAAUUUUAAAAAUAAAUGUUUAUUACAAUAAUUUACAUUUCACCACUAUGUACACAUUUUAUA